UAUGGUUAUAAUGUAAUUGAAUACCAAAUACAGUGAUUGAGACCUAAAUACAAGUCUGUUUCAAAUGAUAAUUGUCUUCAAUUGGCAGCUAUUUUAUCAUUUUAUUUAAAUUGAUUUGAUUUUCAUCCACUUUUAAACUUAACCAUUGACUUAAUUGAUCAUGUCUUCAUCACCCAUACUAUCGCGUCGAUCGGCGACCAGUCCGACGACACCGACUAAUGGCAAGUCUGAGUCAUUCCUCGACUAUUUGGGAACUUUGGGCCGAAAGAAGAAGUUAAGAGAAGUUGAAGAAGCGGUUAAUAUUGAAGAAGAAGGUCGUCAGGCUAUUGACAGUAACGCUCAGCACCCGAUCAUUGAUGCACUUCCAGAGGAAUUCGUCUUAAAUGAAUUAGAGGAGAGGUCAAUGAUAGAGCCCGGAAUGAUCAACAAUCACGACUAUCAGGAAUUGCUUAAGAUAUUAGUUAAUUGGAUUAAUGAUGAACUCAGUGAACAAAGAAUAAUUGUAAAGGAUUUGGAGGAAGACCUCUUUGACGGACAGAUUUUGGGAAAAUUGAUUGAAAAGCUGAGCGGACAGAAGUUAGAUGUAGUGGAAGUGACUCAGAAUGAAGACGGACAGAAAGCCAAACUGAGGACUGUCUUGGAUCAGACAAACAGAUUACUCGGCAUUCAAGCCAAGUGGUCGGCUGUCAAGUGGACGGUUGGAGGAAUUCACAAUAAAAAUAUGGUUCAAAUAAUCCAUUUAUUGGUUGCACUGAUUCGUCAUUAUAGGGCACCGAUUCGGUUACCACAGAAUGUUGUCGUUAAUCUGGUUGUUGUUCAGAAACGUGAGGGACAUUUGCAUACGUCUACAGUUACCGAACAAUUGACCGGUUCUUAUGAUGAGUUGGGUAUGCGUGUGGAGCCCAGGGAUGCGUUUGACACCCUGUUUGACCAUGCACCCGAUAAACUACAAAUUGUCAAGAGGUCAUUAAUUAACUUUGUUAAUAAACAUCUCAAUAAAAUCAAUAUUGAGUGCUAUGUUGGACCCACUGGUGUGGAGUUAGAUCCCAAUCAAUUCAAUGAUGGACUUCUAUUGAUAUUUUUAAUGGGAAUGCUUGAGGGCUACUUUGUUCCGUUAGGUAACAUAUUUACCACUGCAGUCGAUCCUGUAUUAGAGGCUACUUCUAAUAAAGAGACAGCAAUACAACCGGAUAAUUAUAUUGAUAGCUCACCCAUUAAUAAACUUCAUAAUGUAAACGUUGCCUUUCAGCUAAUGGAGGACUCGGGAAUUCAAGUGAAACAAAAAGUCAGAGCAGAAGAUAUUGUAAACGCAGAUAUGAAGUCAACUCUCAGAGUCUUAUAUAUGAUAUUUACUAAAUUUAAGCACUUGUAAUGAUUUCAAUGAAAUCCCAUUUAAUUACAAAUUAGUUAAUUAUACUGUUUUUAAAAUCAAUUUAUUUUAUUUACAGUAAUGUGUAACACAAUAAUCCUUUAAG